AUGACGACGACGACGACAACAGAUGAGGGAAAAAAAUUAUUUAACGGUAAAAAAAAUCACGACGCGAAUCCAGACGAAAUAGAUGGUGUAGUCGUCAUAGCGAAAAAACCCGCGACAACAUAUAAAAAAACAAUAGGAAAACCGGAAAUAGUUGUAAAUAAUUAUAAUUCGAACAUCGAUAUCUGUGAUAGUGAUGAUGUUAUCGUUGAAACAAACGGACAAAAUAAAACUGAUAGUGAAAGUUCGGAUUUAUCAUUCGAUAGAACACUAGCAGAUAGGAAAGAACAAGCUUUUGCUAAAUUACAAGAUGAAUUAGAAAAAGCUCACAUGAAAUUAAAAUUAAAAGAUGAAGAAGUUGCCAGAUUGACGAGAAUAAGAGAAGAUGUCGAAAGAGAACUCGAAGAACUCACCGCGAGUUUAUUCCAGGAAGCACACAAAAUGGUGAGCAAAGCCAAAGAAAAACAAGCAGCAGCGGAAAAAAGUUUAAUGGAAAGUCAAAUGAAAGUCGAUGUGCUCACGGCGGAAGUUGUUGCAUUGAAAACUUUGGUUCUAACAUCGACUCCGAGUCGUCCAAAUCCUCACCUGCAUCCUCAGAUAGGAAAAGAAGAAAAUAACGGAGGUACAGGUGUCAAUCUUUUCAACCGGAAACACAGGAGAUCACCAUCACAUUAUAAUUUAAAAUACGGACGAGAAAAUUCACCACCGGAUAGUCCGAUACAUGAUAAAAACAUGGCGAAUAAUGCCAACAACGCCGUGCCUCCUCAAACUUUAGAAAAUCGUGAUAUAUCCGAGGUGGAUCCGACAGUUCACAAAGAAUUUCUCAACUGGAGUUUAAAUUGCAAACUGGAUAAAACUGAUCCAUUUAUCGAUCGGAUUUACAGAGAGGAUAUAAAUUUAUGUUUAGAUUUUAGUAACAGAGAAUUAGCAGAACAAGUUCAAAAAGCCAUCGAAACGAGAAAUAUUUACAUAGAAGCACUUAAUGAUAAAUCCAAAACAAUAUUUCCAAGAAUGAAAUUGGGAGAUGAAGAUACGUGGUAUAACAUAUCGCAAAUGUGUAGAAAUCGGAUCAUUGCCGUUUGCGAUUUUAUUAAUUAUCUUCGAUACAUCGAAUUAGGACUCGUUAAAAGUUCAGCUCACGAUAUGUAUUGGGAAAUUAUGAGAUUGAAAAAAGAAAUGGUUUUAUCAAGAUUGGGUUUAUCGUUGCCAUCGUGUUAA